UUGUCUUGGGGCCACAAACCUCUGCUGAAUGCCCACUUUUGCACGAUAAAGCGUGUUCAUUAGUGAAAACGUUCUGUUGACUUAAAAAUGCCUGAUGUGUGAAAUGCAUGCCAGGACUUUCUCAACAUGAAAACAAAAUAUACCCGUGCUUUCUUUCUUUCUUUAAAAGGUUCGAUCGUGAUCAACAUUAGAUAAUCACCGUAAUAAUGAAAUGAAGAAAAGUCCAUCUUCCGAACAAUUCCAGUAUUGACAUUUUGAGGAAGAAAAAAUGUCGAAUCCAGUUAAGAAAAAGAAGCGGCCUCCGAAGUAUUUAGAAAAAUCGCUUCUCGUAAAUCACAAGGAAGACCAACUUCUAGUAGAGAGACUGAAUGAUAUUCACAUCCGGUCGCGCACGCGUGAAAUGGAGUUAGAGAGAGAGCGGAUCAAAGUAAGAGACGAAUGGAAGGAAAGCAGAAAACGACAAAUCCCCGUCGACUCUGUGCCACCCCUGCCUUCUGUCCAAGAUUUUCCUGGCCUGCUUUUACCUCAAAGAAAACUAGGGACAGUAGAAAAACCAAAGCUACACCGAGGCACAUCUCUGACUGAAGAGAAAGAUUCGGAUAAUGUUAACUCGUACUUGUUGGGAGAAUACAGAAGAAUGUCGGAAGUCAUCCCGUCAAUUCUGUUGGCUUUGUCAAAGAAAGAUGAGAAAAAGUCAAAACUGUUGCCAGCUUUUCCGUUACAUAGGAUUGAAGAAAUCGAACACCAUAACCAAGAGCCAGACCUGCACAGAAUCACAAAACUUGCGCGAACUGUUAAAAAGAUGAGAGAGAACAUGUCUUUCCAAAAGAAAAUCGACUUGAAUAGACCGAAAAUGUCUCUGUCUAAAAUGUUUAAAGAUAUGCACGACCAUCGCCAUGAAAUUGAUCAAUACACAGAUGGGACUUGUGUUCUAUUGAAAAGAAAACUUGAAAAACGCCGCCGAGAAUCGAUGCCUGAAUUGGACGUAAAUUCGCCACCCAUUCGUCGGACAUCUGACACAAAAGAACCUUCUAGUUUUCACAAAUCCCAAUCAGCUCCUUUGCUUGGUGGAUCGACAGAAUCCAUUGACUCCGCUGUCGACCGAGAAGCUGAAGCAAGGGAUACAUUCGAGUCCGACCUGGAAAUAAAAAUGCCAUCUAGAUUCGAGCGAUCCCAGAGCUUACAGUUCACACCCUCCCUUCAGCGAAAUUAUACGACUCUGGAAAAGAAGGACCCCGCAAAUCCUAGGCCGCACAGUUUUAUCGAAAAACGAAAUUCGAUAUCUAUAGGAGCAGCUCGAUCAACCAGUCUGCCCCCUCCAAGAAGGGCCUCGAUUUCGACCGACCAGCACCUGCCACUGCAGCUUCCUCGAUUCAACUCGAGACAACUCAGAAGUUUGCCUGGGGUUCACCACAGGAGACACGAUUCACAUAUCAGUACCGAAUUCAUUGACGAAGACGAACUUCGAGCGAAACAAAGGGUGGCGAUGGAACUACAAAAAUUCGAGCGAAUUCGACGAAAAAUCGAUCGCUUUUUGACAUUUGAUUCACCAAAGAGUGUGGAAUUAAAAAGGGGUUACACGCUUUUGACUUAAUGCUCUGAUAUUAUGUUACGUUACAAAGCGUGUUAUUGAUUUAUUUUGGUAAUCGGACAAAUUACUGUGACUGAUCGAAAGUAAAAAAGUAUAUACUUAUAUGUAUAUACAUGCAUGCAUCGACAAAACAAUGUAACUUUAUGGCAAGAAGUUUUCCUUCUUCUACUGUACAUGGUUUAUUAAAGGUUUUGAUUUAACUGAUAUAUGCAGAUGGUUAUGAUUUAAUUACAUUAAAUUUUGUAUAUCAA